AUGAGAAAUAUUAAACACAUCCAACUUAAGGAUAUGGAAGAGAUUGACGAAAAUGAUGAAGAAUUUGAAAUUGAUGGUGAUGAUAUUAGACCAAGAAAAAAAUCAGAAUUCCAAUCAACUCAAAAUAAAUCUACAUUCAAAAGACUAUUUGAAUAUUUAACUGAAACUAAUUUUAAAAAAUCACUACUUAUCAUUGCAUUUUGUUCUUUCUUUAUUAUAUUUACAAUUACUGCAUCAUUAGCCACAAAAGUUAUUUCAGAGCAAAUUAUAUAUUCAAAUAUUAAAUUACCAGGUAAUGUUAUACCAAUUCAUUAUUUUACACAUGUCGAUAUUAGAAUGGAACCAAAAUUUAAUUUCAAUGGUACAAUUGUUUCAACAUUGAAUAUUACAAGCGAUAAAAAUGAUUUUAUUGUGAUUCAUGCAGAUGAAAGCACAUUAUCAUUAAAUAGUAUUCACUUAGUAUCAGUACCAAAAUAUAAUAGUUCAAAACCGGUCAAUAGUACCGAUUUCGAUUUGGAGUCAUCUAUCACUCCAACAAAUAAAGUCUAUAGUCCCGAAAAUAGCUAUUACAUCUUAUUUUUUAAGGAUUUGAAAAAGUUUUUAGAUAAAAAUGGAAGUAUUUUUAAUUUAUAUAUUAGUUAUAAUGGAUCAUUAGUUGAUUCAGAAGGUACGAGUACAUUAAGAGGAUUAUAUUUAUCAUCAUAUAAGAAUCCAAGUAAUCAUAGUGAAUCAAAGUAUUUAGCAGUAACACAAUUUGAACCAGUUGAUGCAAGAUUAUCAUUUCCAUGUUUUGAUGAACCAUCAUUGAAAGCCAAUUGGACAAUUUGGAUUACACAUCCAAAUAAUUAUAAAGCACUCUCAAAUAUGCCAGCCUAUUUAGUGGAAGAUAAUAAGGUAGCCCAUAAAACAACCACUCGAUUCGAUACUACCCCAAAGAUGAGUAGUUAUUUGGUUUGUAUUGUAGUUCAUCAAUUUAGUAGUAAAUCCGAUUUCAUUGACCGUAGAGGUAAAGAAGGUGCAACCUCUGUUCCAUUGACAGUUUGGGCCGCCGAUCAUUUAAUGGAUACCGUUGAUUUUUCAUUGGAUAUGGCAAAGAAAUCAUUUGUAUUCUUUGAAGAUUAUUUUGAUAUUCUUUAUCCAUUACCAAAGAUGGAUCUUGUAGCUAUACCUGAUUUCGCUGCGGGUGCAAUGGAGAAUUUUGGUUUAAUGACAUUUAGAGAAUCCGAUCUACUAUAUAGUAAUAAAACUUCAGAUCAAGAGAAUAAACAAAGAGUGGCAGAAGUGGUUUCACAUGAGAUUGCUCAUCAAUGGUUUGGUGAUUUGGUCACAAUGAAAUGGUGGAAUGAUCUUUGGUUAAAUGAAGGUUUUGCAACUUUUAUGUCCUACAAGUGUAUGCAAAAGGUAUUGAUUGAUGAAUUCGAUAGUGAAGAGAUCUUUCAAUAUAGUUCAAAACAACCUGGUCUAGAUAUUGAUGCUUCACCAUUCACUCAUACAAUCUCAAAUAAUUACACUGAUCCAUUGGAUAUUAUGGCUUCAUUCGAUAGUGUAACCUAUGAUAAAGGUUCUUCAAUUCUAUUGAUGUUGGAGGCAAUGAUUGAUAGAGUUAAAGAGAAUGCUUUUCGUGAUGGUAUUAGAAACUAUUUGAAAAAGUAUGCCUAUGGAAAUGCUGAAACCAAUGAUCUUUGGGAAAUGUUGUAUGACUCGAUUGCACGUGACCCAAUUAUGGUAAUACCUGACAUUAUGAAUCAAUGGACAACUUAUCCAGGUUUUCCACAAAUUAAAAUCGAUUCAAUCGGUAACAAUUCAUAUCGUAUCACUCAAUCUAAAUUCACUCAACCAAAUACAACUCGUCCAAGUGAUUUCAAUGCAAACUCUAUUUGGUGGAUGCCAAUUAAAGUCAUUGACAAUUGUGAAAACACUGAUGACCUUUACAUCUCCAAUAAAUCCAUUCAAUAUAAGGGUUGGAGUGAUCAAGCUUGUGGUACCCCAGCAAAGGAUAGUUUUAUAUUUGCAAACUCUGAUGCCACUGGUUUCUAUCGUACCCUCUAUGAUAGCUCAAUCUUUGAUAAGAUUGUAAAUAGACUCAAUGAGAAUGCCACUGAACAUUUCACAACUCUACAAAGAAUUUCUUUUGCUGAUGAUCUCUAUGCAUUCUCAAAGAUUGGUGCAAUUCCAACUUCUGUAGCUUUGAAAACUUUUUACUAUACCACCGUCUCUGUUGAACCAAAUUUCGUAGUUUGGAAAGAUAUCCUAAGUUUCCUUUCAUUUGUUCACAAUCGUUUAGAAACCGUUGUUCCAUGUUAUAUUCAAUACAUUAAAAAAGCUCAAUACAUUUUCAAUAAAGGCUUAUUACCACUCAUCAAACUUAAUAUUACUUCGGAUGAUGAACUCUCCUAUAAUCAAUUGGAAUUAAGAAAAUCUGCCUUUUCAAAAGUAAACUCCUUAUCAAUUACUUCUUUAAGAAUUCAUCUUAAUCAAAUUUAUUUAGAUAAUAUUGAUACACCAGAAAAUAUUGAUCCAUCAAUUAGAGCUCCAUUAUUCUCAUCAAUUAUACAAAAUGGUGAUAUUGAAGAAUAUGAAUGGGUAGUUAAUAGAUUUGAAAAUACAAAUGCAAUCAAUGAAAGAAUCGAUGCUUUGAAAGCAAUUUCCAAUCCAAAGAAUCCACAAUUAAUUAGAAAUACUUUAAAAAUGCUUUUAGAUGGUAAAAUUAAAAGUCAAGACUUUUAUAUGGUUUUCUUGGAAAUGUCAUAUUCACCAUUUGCAAGAGAAUUAGCUUGGAACUUUUUAUUAGAUAAUUUUAAUUUCAUUUCAGAGAAUUCAACACCAGGUGAUAUUGGUAAAUAUGUAACCUAUUUUGCAUCAUCAAUGGAUUCCCAAGCAAAAAUUGAUCAAAUUAAACAAUUUUUCACAGAUGCUCAUCCAAUCCCAGCCUCUUCGUUGGCAAAUGCUAUAUCAAGUAUUCAAUACAAUAUGAAUUGGUUAAAAAACCAAGCACCUGAACUUUGUAAUUUUUUAAAUAAAUAA